AUGAACAAAGAAGAGCCUGUCACCCCGUUUGGGAGGGUGUUCCUGCAGGAAGAAGGGAAUCAAGUUAUCAAUUGUGCAAUGGGUUUCAAAAACCCAGUGAGUGUAGAAUCCGUUAAAGCCGAAUUUAAAAACUCCGUCCUGGUUCAACACCCAAGAUUUCACAGUGUCUUGGUAAGAAACAAGAAUAAUGGUGAAGAAUAUUGGAAGAGAGGUGAUAUAAAUCUAGACAAACACAUAUUUCUCGUUCAAGACAUCGACCAUGGUGAUUCGUCGACGUCAAACAUUCUUAACAAUGACGAGAUCGUGAACGGGUAUUUGGCAGAUCUUGCUGUUUCAUCUCCUCUCAGCAUUGAUAAACCAUUAUGGGAAUUGCAUGUAUUGAAGGAUCAAAAUUGUCUAAUAUUGAGAGUUAAUCAUGCUUUAGGUGAUGGGGUAUCUGUAAUGUCUUUAGUUUUAGCUAUGUGUAGGAAAGUUGACCAGCCCGAUCAAUUACCCAGCAUCCCUAAAAACAACAGGAGAAGUAGUAAUCGUAGGAUCAAUAUGUGUAAGAUGUAUAAGAUGAUCCGGAGAUUGGUAAUGCAGAUAUGGUUAACUAUUGUUUAUGUAAUGAGUUUCGUACUUAGAAUUUUGUAUUUGAAAGAUGCUAAAUGCAAGAUUAGCGGUGGGAAUGGUGUUGAACUAUGGCCUAGGAAGCUUGCUACUGCUAAGUUCAAGCUAGACGACAUGAAAUCUGUCAAGAAUGCUGUCCUUAGCGCUACCAUUAAUGACGUUCUUUUCGGAGUGAUCACAUCUGGAUUAUCGCGGUACUUGGACUACCAUCAAACCUCGGACUCAAAACCGAAAGAGGGACUUCGAAUAACUGGAGUGUCAAUGGUUAACCUUAGAGAACAGCAUGGAUUGCAGGAUAUGGAAAAUUUGGUGAAGUGCAUUUCGGUGUCAAGUUGGUGGGGUAACAAAUUUGGAUACAUUUUAUUCCCAAUUUAUCCCCAUAAAAGAGUUGGUAACGAUCCACUUCAAUAUGUCAAGAACGCCAAAGAAAUGCUUGACAAGAAGAAACUAUCUUUCGAAGCUCUUAUCACUUACGCUAUUACUAAAUCAGUAAUGUCACUUUUGGGUCCCAGGGCCACGUUUUUGUUUAUCAACAGGGGUGUUUGUAAUACAAGUUUUAUGAUAUCGAAUGUCGUUGGUCCACAAGAAGAGAUUAUGUUCGGAGGAAAUCCAAUAACUUCAUUACGAGCAACUUCGUCAAGUUUACCCCAUGCACUCACAAUGCAUAUGAUAAGUUACUUUGGAAAAGCAGAAAUGAAUAUUCUUGUGGCUAAAGACAUUAUACCAGACCCUCAAUUCCUCGCCAAGUGUUUUGAAGAUGCAUUGCUUGAAAUGAAGGACGCUUCUACAGCUGCUUCUGUUAAGACAUGAUCAAAAAUUCGAUUUAAGUACUGGUUCUCCUCUCUCUAAAACUAUUCGUGAUAAGUGUAUAUCUAUUUUGGUUAACGCGAUUGCGAAAGGGGAUACCAUUGCUAACACGGGAUACUAAUUCAUAUAAGACCAAAAAAAAUUGAUUAUUGGAUUUUUGGAUUGGUAUCUCCUAUGGUAUUCGUGUUAUUUUAUAUUCAUUUACUUGUAUUAAUA